AUGGCAUACCAAGAUGGGUACAACAUCGCACGCCGACCACUCCUGUUCGGUGAGAAUUUCGGGUACUGGAAAGACCAAAUAGAGCACCAACUGAAGACCCAAGUGGAGAUAUGGACCAUAAUCCAGAUUGGAUUUAUAUUCCCUACCGAAGAAGAUGUGUCCGUCGCCUGUGACAAGUGGGAUGCACAGACAAGGAGAAAAAUCAAGGCAGAUGCAAAAGCAACAUGUACUCUCCUAUGCGGACUAACAAAUUCAGAGCUUGAUCGAGUUGAAAAGUUCAACAAUGUUAAGGGGUUUUGGGAGAAAUUGAUCAAGCUUCAUGUGAUUCCUUCAGAGCCAAAAGACCAAGUUGAACUUGAAUUCAAAUCUAAGUAUGAAUCACCAAAGUCAACCUCCGAACCAGACUUAGAAGAAUCAAAUCAUACCGAUUUCAUAGCCCUAAUGGCCAAAGAAGAGAUAAAUGAAUCUGAGUCCAAAUUCGAGAUGACAACAGUCAAGGGGAAGAAUCCUAUCAUAGAUCUAAAAGGUAAAAUUACAAUAACAGGAGAUCUAUUUGAUUGUGUUGAUAUGUACAAACAACCAGCAUUUGACCACCCGUUGUUGAAAAAUCAUACUCUCCAGUUAAAACCAAGUAGUCUCCCAAAAGGAAUAAAGCUUGCAAAAGUUAAACCAGCUUCUUUUUACGGAUUCAAUGAUACUUGUCCUUCUGGUACUAUUCUCAUCCAUCGUGCUCAUAAACAAGAUUUAAUUGAGUCUCUGCACUUGAGAAACCAAUUUAGAGCACAAGCCAUAGCUGACGAUCCAAUUGCAAAAGGAAGUCACUACGCAAUAAUUCAAACCGAACAUGGUCCAUUUUAUGGAGCUUAUGCAAAAAUGGCAACUUAUAAGCUUCCAGAUUUACAAGCUGGUCAAACAUCAUCUAGCACUAUAUAUCUUUUUGGCGAUACAAAUGUUCCAAACAAUGAACUCAAUGUAAUCCAGGCUGGUUGGCAUGUAUCAACAGUAUUGUACAAUACCAGUUAUCCUCGAUUUUUUACUUAUUGGACAAGUGAUGGAUAUGAGAAAACUGGAUGUGGGAAUUUGCUUUGUGCUGGUUUUAUUAGCACCACUAAUAUUUAUGGACCUGGAAGUUUUAUUCCUGAAUUUUCCACUUAUGAUGGCGAACAAAAAUAUCUAGCUAUACUGAUAGCUAGGGAUUCUAUCACGGGAAAUUGGUGGGUUACCUAUGAUGAUCGACUACCUCUUGGGUAUUUCCCUAAGGAAUUACUUCCGAAGAUGGAUGAUUAUUCAGAUGCUAUUCAAAUGGGUGGACAUGUUUACUCUCCCUUGAAUGUGCCAAGUCCUCCGAUGGGCAGUGGUCAUCCGAGUAACGAAGGACGUAAUAAAGCUGCUUAUUUCAUUCAAGUUCAGUCAAUGGAUCAAUCAAAUAAUUUGGAUUUGAAUGUUUAUUAUGUUAAGUCUAAGUUUGAUAUUGAUAAUUAUUAUAAUAUAGCGGAUGAUCAUUAUGCAAAUGAUAAAGAUAAAUAUGUUUUUACUUAUGGAGGAACUGGAGGUUUUACGGAGUGA